AUGAAUGAGGAGGAAAUUGUUCAUGCAUUAAAUACAAAUGUUCGGAAUGCAAUGGUGAUGAUGAAAAAUUCUUCUUCACGUACAUUCGACGAGUUUGAAGAGGAUUUUAACAUCAUCAAGAAGGAAUUAUUGCACAAUAAGAGAAGUAUUCAAAAUUCUGGUUCACAUUCAACCUCUCAAAUACCAGAGAAGAAUGAUAUUGGAUAUUUAAAUCAUUGGAAAAAGAAAGGAUAUUUAUUCUAUGAUUAUUUAUGGAACAAGGUUUUGGAUCGGAGAGAGAAAAUCAUGAAUCAUCAAGAUAGAAUUGCCAAACAAGAAUACUCUCCAAACACAUGGGCGAUUCCCGAUGAGAAAUUUGAAUUACAUAUAGACAAGAAACAAAGUUUAAACAAGGAUCGUCCAUCUCUAUUCACCAAUCAAGAAGGUGGCUCCUCCGACAUGAUGCAUUCAGAACACGUUGAUGAGCCUCUUGUGGAGAAUCGAGACAUUUUGAAAAAGUAUGGACUCUCUACUCGUUCCUCUUCUCGUGGAAGAAGAAAUAGAGGCUCUUCUUCAGACACAAUGAAACAUCAUGCCGCAGCAUUGACACUUUCUCAAACACACAAUUUUAGGUCCAUGUACAUGCCUCGAAAUUUAAACCCUGUGGACUUUAAUAAUGGUGAUGUGGAAUUGUUUAAUACUCUCAAAAAUUUAUUGUCUCAUCAAUCGAUUCAGAGAGAAGAGUUGAUACGACAAGAAUUGAGUUUAAUGUUACAAGAAGAUGAUUAUUUUGUUGAAAAGAUUUUUGAACGAUACACGUCUCUUCAAAACACAAUGACACUCGAGCAAUAUGUGGAUACUGUAAUGGACAUGCUGUAUCAGCAGGGUCUCAAACGAAGAAAUGCCCAAAAUACUUCAAUCCAAUUACUUCAGGGACAUUCAUUGAAUGAAGGCCUAGAUAUUCCAUCAUUACCAGAUAAUCGAUUGACACAUGCAAGAAAAUCAUUACAUCAAGUCAUUCCCAAUGCAGAUGCCAACAAACAUUUGGCGUAUCAAAUUCAGAGACAAUAUGAGUUUUCGAAACAAGUAGCGAGUGUGUUCAAUAAUCGUGCCGAUCGAAAAUUAUUUCAAGACAAUCCUAUGGGCUUGCCAUGGUUGGACCCUUCCACUGAAAUGUAUCAUCCCUUUGCUUUUGAUCAAGUUGUUUUUGAACCCAUGUUGAAACAAUCGACAGCACGGAAGGAAUUGAAAAAGAAGGACAAGACGCAACCAGCAUUCGCACAGCAGAAGGAGACAAUUCCAUUACUUCCAAAAAGAAAAAGGCGUGAAAAAACAGGUUUCAUGUCAAAUUCAUUGUUCUCGAAUAUGGGAUUUAUGUGA